AGUGAGCAUUGUGGGAUAUUGAGAAAUGGUCGAUUUGGCGAGACAGGCCACGCUAAAUUUUCUCAAGAAAAAUGGACAUAUUAUCUGCAGCUUUAGAUGAUGCUGGUAUCACUGCUGAUGAAACAUUUGAUUUUGACUUCACUGCUCCACCUGCAGUUCCUACUGGGACCCCACAAAUCAUAGAUCCGUCAAGUCAGUAUAACACACAGAACAAUCCAGUGGUAGUGAAUGGUCAGCCACCUCCUGUUAUAGUAAACAGACCAGGAGGGACAACUCAACCAGUCUUCUCAAAUGCUUUGAAGAAUCUUGCAGCUCAAAAUAACAUAACUCCACAGAAAGUGGUUGGUGCACAACAAACUGGACGAAUUGUUACAACUCCUACUACAUUGACUGGCCAACCACCGGUGUCAGUUCUUCAGCCUACCACAUUGACUGGCCAACCACCGGUGUCAGUUCUUCAGAGAUCUUCAUCCACACCUACAAUAAUUAAACUGCCAAGUAACCAAGGCAACGUUGCAAAUGUAUCCCAGGUUUUACGACAGCAGAGUGCACAGGCUGCCAUUCCUGUUACUGCUGGCAACACACCUGGUAGAACAAAGAUCAUUACUGUAAAACGUGUUGGUGCUAAUGGCAGCAUCACUCAAAGCCGUUCCUUUACCAUUAGUGCCGAUGCUGCCACUGGUUUGAGUGGCGGACAGAAAAUUAUUGUGCAGAGAUCAAAUGGAGGAAAUGGGCAAGUUGUUCAGGCUGGUUCCCCUAUACCCACACAGGCAUCGCCAAUCGGUUCCCAGGCAACGGGGACCAUUAAAAUUCCAAUAAGUGUUGUUCAGUCAACAGCUAGUAGCCUGUUGUCACAGCAGCAGAAUGUUAUUGUUACCACUGUUGGGAAUUCAGGAUCCUUUGAGAAUCAGUUUAAGCAGUUUACACAAGCAUACACAUCUAGUUCUGAUGCAAAAGUGAACAUGACGGUAAAAGAUCCGAUGUUUGUUCCAUCAGGACCUCAAAGUAUAGUGAGGACACAGCCACAUGUGAUUCAUAUAAAUCGGCCAUCAGCAACAACUAGCAAUCAGUUAUUGACUAGAAAUCUACCGCAGAAUGCUAGACUGGUUUCCAGCCAGUCUGUGUCGACUGCAGUCAGUCCAAGCAUACGUGUGAUACAGAGACCAUUCCAGAAUAAUCUAGGAACCAGUCCAGGUUUAAUGCAUAGUCAGUCAGUGCCUGGAAAUUUGACCACAUAUAACAAUAUAUCAAAUAUUCCACGUCAUGUCAUAGAUCAAAGGGACUCUAGCUCUCCUACACCUAUAAUUGUAAACCAGUCUGGGUUUGGAGGGAAUAGUAAAGUAGUGCUGAACAGUUUGUACGAAAAUGGAUUAAAUUCCAUGGAUCCAAUGUCAGCCAUGCAGAGAAGUGUUCAAAAUAUUCCAGCUCCUAAAAUUACCAACAGGGAUCUAUCAAGGAUGUGGUCUAAUCAGGACAUCCGGCUGAAAAAUAUUACACAAAAUGUUGUAAAUCAUUCACAGUCUGGCCCACGACAGACUACGGUUGUGGAGGAGGAGGAAGAAGGGGAGGAAGUAGAGGGUCUGGGACAGGCAGAAACUUACUCUGAGUAUAUGCCUGCAAAAUUGAAACUAGGAAUAAAACAUCCAGAUCCUGUGGUUGAGACAAGUUCCAUGUCGAGUAUUGAACCCCCAAACAUCCACUACAGGUUGUCUAUCCCAGAAAGCACGAUAGACUAUGGAGAGUUAUCUGCCCUUCAGUUAGAGUCUAUCACGUAUGCCUCCCAGAGACACGAGAUCAUUCUGCCAUGUGGAGACAGGGCAGGUUUUCUUAUAGGUGAUGGUGCUGGUGUAGGAAAGGGUCGCACGUUGGCUGGUCUUAUCUUUGAAAAUUAUCUUCUUGGAAGGAAGAGAGCAUUAUGGUUGAGUGUAUCCAAUGAUCUGAAGGUUGAUGCAGAGAGAGAUCUGAGAGAUAUCGGAGCCACCAAGAUAGACGUACAUCCAUUGAAUAAGUUUAAGUAUGCAAAAAUAUCGGGAAAAGAGAACGGCCAUGUAAAAAAGGGUGUAAUAUUCGCUACUUAUUCUUCAUUGAUUGGUGAAAGUCAUUCUGGUGGAAAGUACAAGACUCGCUUCAAACAGCUGAUCAAGUGGUGUGGGAAGGAGUUCGAUGGAGUUAUAGUAUUUGAUGAAUGUCACAAAGCAAAGAACCUGUGCCCAGUAGGGUCCAGCAAACCUACAAAGACAGGUCAGACAGUGUUAGAGUUACAGAAGCGCUUGCCGAAAGCCCGUGUGGUUUAUGCCAGUGCUACAGGUGCCUCGGAGCCCAGGAACAUGGCCUACAUGACGAGGCUAGGUCUCUGGGGACAGGGAACACCAUUCCCAGAGUUCAAUGAUUUUAUACAAGCUGUUGAAAAAAGGGGUGUAGGUGCUAUGGAGUUGGUUGCCAUGGAUAUGAAGUUACGAGGGAUGUAUAUCGCCAGGCAACUCAGUUUUAAAGGUGUCACAUUCAAAAUUGAGGAAAUCCCAAUAGACAAGGAGUUUGUCAAGAUGUACAAUGAAGCAGUGCAAUUGUGGGUAGAUGCAAGAGAAAUGUUCCAGUCGGCAGCAGACCUGGUGGAUGCUGAUCAUCGUCUUAGAAAGAGUAUGUGGGGACAGUUCUGGUCAGCUCAUCAACGAUUCUUCAAGUACCUGUGUAUAUCAGCCAAAGUGCCACAUUGUGUACGAUUGGCAAGGGAAGCUAUUCGAGAUGGCAAGUGUGUUGUGAUAGGCCUACAGUCAACUGGUGAGGCACGGACUCUGGAACAGUUAGAGGAAAUGGGUGGAGAACUGAACGAUUUUGUAUCAACUGCUAAAGGUGUGAUACAGACUGUGGUAGAGAAACAUUUCCCAGCACCAGACAGGAAAAAAUUCUUCGAUAUUUUUGGUCUCGGCAACAACUCGGUAUAUAACAAUGAAGACAGUAACUCCUCUAUGCCAGGCAGCAACAAGAGGAAAAAAGAGCAAGCAUCUGGUAAUGCAGCAAAAAAAUCCAAGGGAGACUCAGACGCGGACUCGUCGUCAGACAGUGAGGAGAGUGAGUUAGACUUUGGUCUCAGUGACACGUCUGAUGACGAUGAUGAUUCUGAGGACAACGAUAAUUUCAACCCCUUUGGAAGCGGAUCUGAUAGUGAUGAAGAUCCAUGGUUAAAGAAGUCAAAAGCGAAAGUAAAAUCAAAAGUGAAAGAAAAGAAGAAAAAAGAGAAAAAGAAGAAGAAAGAGAAAGAAAAGAAGGAUGAAGAUGAGGAAUUUACAAGUGCCCUAGCUGCAGCUGGUCUACUCAAUAAAAAUAACCAAAGUUCUAAUGGUGCAAACACCAACGGAAAUCCAAGUGGUGAUGCAAUAGACAAGGCAUUCCAGAUGAAGAGAGAGUUAAUGGAACGGAUAGAAUUACUUGGUGGGAAAUUACCUGCAAAUACACUAGACCAGCUCAUUGAUGAUCUAGGGGGAACUGAUAAUGUUGCUGAGAUGACAGGUAGAAAGGGCCGUGUAGUGUGCACAGAUGAAGGAAUCAGCUAUGAGUCACGUAGUGAAAAUGAUGUACCACUGGAAAUCCUCAACCUUACAGAGAAACAGAGAUUCAUGGAUGGGGAGAAGAACAUAGCUAUCAUAUCUGAGGCAGCUAGUUCAGGUAUAUCAUUACAAGCAGACAGGCGUGCCCUUAACCAGCGACGAAGAGUUCAUAUCACGCUAGAACUACCCUGGAGUGCUGACAGAGCUAUUCAACAGUUUGGUCGUACCCAUAGGUCUAAUCAAGUAUCGGCACCAGAGUACCUGUUUAUGAUCUCAGAGCUUGCUGGAGAACAAAGAUUUGCUUCUACUGUUGCUAAGAGACUGGAGAGCUUGGGUGCAUUAACACAUGGUGACAGGAGAGCUACAGAGUCGAGAGAUCUCAGUAGAUUCAACUUUGAUAACAAGUAUGGUAAACUAGCACUGGAGUCAGUUAUGAAGACUAUUUGCGGGUUCGAGCAGAGAUUUGUGGAACUGCCGGAAUACAAAGGCAAUUUCUUUGAUGAUGCUGUGAGGUCAAUGGUUGGUGUUGGUAUUGUCGUACAAGAAAGACCAGGAUCUGUUCCUAUUCUUGACAAAGACUACAACAACAUCAGCAAGUUUUUGAAUCGUAUACUGGGCUGUGAGGUGACCUUACAGAACGCAUUGUUUAAGUACUUCUCCAGUUCACUGAAGGCAGUUAUCCUCGAGGCAAAGAGAAGCGGACGUUGGGAUAUGGGGAUUAUGGAUCUUGGAUCAGGAGGUGAGAGUGUCAAGAAAUUAGAGACAAGAGUUUUUGUGGGCAAUACAGCCACCAAUACUGCCAAGACAGUGCUUGUCACAGUUUCAGUAGAGAGAGGAAUGUCAUUCCCAUCAGCUUUUGAUAUCUACCACAAGUACACAGGUGUCAAUGAUGGCUUCUAUCUCUCACUACAGGACCGGUCAGUACGUAGAUUUGCCAUUGUAGCAGCAUUCCAAGGUGCCUAUAAUAAGAAGAAGGAAAAGUUGUAUACAGUGUACAGACCUAACACAGGUCUGCAGCCUCGGCAGGAAACUCUUGAUGAAAUUAAAAAGAAAUAUAAAAAGGUUUUAGCGGAUGAAGCACAGAGAUACUGGGAGGAACAAUACAACUUCUCUGCCACCAUGUGUAGCCACGCCUACUGGAGAGGGAGCUGUAAGAAGUUGAGUGUAGGUUUACCAUGUGAGAUUGGGCUGAGAACCAGAACAUACUAUGUUCUCAGUGGAUCAGUUCUCAGCGUGUGGAACAAGGUUGAGAUGGUUCUUGGCUCACUACAGGUGCAGACAAAGAUGCAGAUCAUACGUCUAAGGACGGACGAUAACCAGAGAAUUGUUGGGAGUCUGAUACCCACGAAUGCCGUGGAACCUUUGUGCAAUGUGCUGUCACAGGAGUGCAGUAAGACAUACACGGAAAAACACGCUGGGGAACACCAGCGACCCAAACCAAAGGAGGAAUCGGCAGCAACUGACAACAUAGGAUGUAUCUCUAGUCAAAGUGAACAAAAGUCUGCACAAGCUGUAUACAGUAUGCCUGUAUUUGUGUGAUACUGUAGACUUCACGUUAAAGUGCCAGGCAUUUACUACAGUCUGUGCAUGUUCACGUGACAGACAUGUGCGAUGAUAUUGUCAUUACGUGUUAUUGGGAGUGUUCUUAUAUAGUCGGUGGAUGCUGUGACAGUCUUUUGUACUUCUGUAGUAGGUGAAUAGACAGUGAAAGGUAUUUUGAUUUAUGUCAAUUAUUGUCAGCAAUUGACAUUAAGGCAGACAUUUACUGUAGAUGAUGGAUGUAAUAGUUGCCAGUAAUAUGCUGAAGUCAGUUGUGGAAGUGCAGUCAGUUUGAAAUGUAUCAGUUAUCCAGACUGCGUUAAUAAAUAAAAGUUAAAACUUAUCAGAUGAAGUAAAACUGAUGUUUCGUUGGUUCCAUACUUCUAUGUUUCCUUGGUUACAUACUUAUUAUACGUUCCGUUGUUAACAUACUUAUGUUUCUUUGGUAACAUACUUAAAUGUUUCUUUGGUUACAUAGUUAUUAUGUGUUUCCAUGGUUACAUACUUACUAUAUGUUUCGUUGGUAACAUACUUGCAAGGUUACUAGUUCCUUGGUCUUAAAAUCUUAGUGGACAGUUCAUAUGAUGAAGUUCAGUUAGAAACUAUAGAUAGAUUAGCAUCCUGUGUUAGAUAACAAGCAUUUUGCUUAUAAAACAACCAUUCCAUAUUAUAGACUGCCAUGUUGUUGCUAUCAUGUUUUCUUCAAUUUAGCAGACAUUCAGUAUAUUCAUAGCAAAGUUUGUUUUGAUGGGCUUAAUUCAGUUGAGAUUUAGAAAAUAGAACAAGUUUUUUUAUCAAAACACAGACAGAGGAGAUCUUUUAAAUGUGAAAAGGGUGUAAUUUUGUGAUUGUUGAAGGCAGAUUUCUACAGCUUUACAGAUCUUGUAUGAUAGCACGCAAUGCUUACAGCAGUAUAUUUACAUGCGCUUUAUUCUUUUCCAUUGAAAAUUAUAAGUUCCAUUUUGUAUGAACAGCAUAAGGAAAGGUGGCAAAGUCGCAACAACACUGCUAAGUGAUAACAGGCCGCUGUUUUGACGACGUCUGCAUUUCGUCAAGGAAAACAUUCCUUAGAUGACGUCACAGUUGUUCUGUCUUCUGAACAAAAUGGCCGUGAAAUUGAUUAUAAAACGUGUGCAAUUUAUAUUAUUAUAACCUUGUUUACAAAUGGAAAGGAAAUACAAUGUAAAUAUAAGAAAUGAAUUAAUUUCUUUCGGAGUUCUCACGAAAGAAACGCUCAUUUUGCGUGAACUCUGAAAAAAAUUGCUUCAUUUCUUAAUUAAUGCAUUUGAUAUUAAUUUUGACUAGAGUUUAUUUGCAGUGUAAAUAGAAGUUUAACUUAAAUAGCAGUAUAUGUGAUUGAAGCCAGUGUAUAUAAGUAACAGACAGACAUACAGCAGUUCUUUCUAUAAUGCUUUAAGUACAUGAGCCAUACACACCAUGUAAGAUAUAUGUUGUUUUUUAGGUUUUUGUCUUGUAGGUGUUUUCAUCUUUUGAAAUUUAUAGAAUUCAUUUUUUAUUUCAGAAGUAUUUUGAUGUGAAAUUUAUCAGACACAUGAUAAAGUCUUGGUAUAACAUUAGACUUUAGAAACUAACAAGCGAUUGUGUUAAUGGGGCAUACCUUGACUGAAAAAAAAUGGAAGAUAGUUGUUGAAAGUUAAAAGGAGAUUGUCCUUCUCCCUUUAGAAUGUCUUUUGAUUCAGCUUUAUCAUAUUUUAAGGACAUGAUUUUUUUAGUUUUCAAGCAAAUUUUUCUGUUUCCAGAUUUCUCCUAUUUUGAAAUGAUAAUUGUGUCGUGUUCAUUCUUUUAAGUUAGUAAAAAGAAACAGCAUUUUUCUUGUUUUUUUAUAUGUUGUUUUUUUUUUGUUUCAUGACUGAAGAAAUCUGUAAGCAAAGCAACAGGUGUUUAGUUUCAUCGCAGUUGUUAAAUUGAUUGCUUGUGUACAUAGAAAUAUAGUUUUGUUAAUCCCCCGCCGUGGCGGAGGGAUUAUAGGAAUGGUCUGCGUCCGUCCGUCCGUCCUUCCGUCUUUCCGUCCUUCCGUCCGUAACAAAAUCGUGUCCGGUCCAUAUCUCCUAAACCCCUUGAAGGAUUUUCAUGAAACUUGGGUCAAAUGAUCACCUCAUCAAGACGAUGUGCAGAACCCAUGAGUCAGACUUGUAGGUUCAAGGUCAAGGUCACAACUCAAGGUCAAAGGUUUGAGCCUUCCAUUUUGUGUCCGCUCUCUAUCUCCUAAACCCCUUGAAGGAAUUUUAUAAAACUUGGGUCAAAUGAUCACCUCAUCAAGACGAUGUGCAGAACCCAUGAGUCAGCCAUGCCAGCUCAAGGUCAAGGUCACAACUCAAGGUCAAAGGUUUGAGCCUUCCAUUUUGUGUCCGCUCUAUAUCUCUUAAACCCCUUGAAGGAAUUUUAUAAAACUUGGGUCAAAUGAUCACCUCAUCAAGACGAUGUGCAGAACCCAUGAGUCAGUCAUGCCGGCUCAAGGUCAAGGUCACAACUUAGGGUCAAAGGUUUGAACCUUCCAUUUUGUGUCUGCUCUAUAUCUCCUAAACCCCUUGAAGGAUUUUCAUCAAACUUGGGUCAAAUGAUCACCUCAUCAAGGCGAUUUGUAGAACUUAUGAGUCAGCCAUGUCGGCUCAAGGUCAAGGUCACAACUGAAGGUCAAAGGUUUGAGCCUUCCAUUUCGUGUCCGCUCUAUAUCUCCUAAACCCCUUGAAGGAAUUUUAUAAAACUUGGGUCAAAUGAUUACCUCAUCAGAACGAUGUGCAGAAAUUAUGAGUCAACCAUGCCAGCUCAAGGUCAAGGUCACAACUAAGGGUCGAAGGUUUGAGCCUUCCAUUUGGUGUUCACUCUGUAUCUCCUUAACCCCUUGAAGGAUUUUCAUCAAACUUGGGUCAAAUGAUCACCUCAUCAAGAACUCAUGAGUCAGCCAUGUCAACUCAAGGUCAAGGUCACAACUGAAGGUCAAAGGUUUCAGCUCUGUAUCUCCUAAACCCCUUGAAGGAUUUUCAUGAAAAUUUGGUCAAAUGAUCACCUCAUCAAGACGUUGUGCAGAAUUCACGAGUCAGCCAUGUCAGUUCAAGGUCAAGGUCACAGCUAAAAUCAAAGGUUUUACCCUUUCACUAUCCAUAGCAGUGGCGGGGGAUUUAGCUGUCUUUCAGACUGCCUUGUUGUUACAUGUUUUAGUAUUUCAACUUCUAAACUGCAGAGAAAUAUUUCCAUUGUAGAGCAAUGCAUCUAUUAUCGACCCUUUUAGAUAUUUUGUUGUGGGUCAAACUUAAGCAAGUUAUGGGUCCCAAAUCAGUUUUGGUUGAAGUCGAAAGGUCCGAGAUUUAUAAUAUCUUUUCUUCUGCCUUAGUACAUUUUUCAAUUUAUUUGUAGAUCUCAUCAACUAUGUUUGAGUUUAAUCUUAUCUGAGUUGCUAAUAUCGAUGUUGGUAAAUUCAAAUUCUUGUGUUUUCAAACUUUGAUCAAGACGGGGCGGGGUGGAAAGCAAAAUUUUUUAAGUUGAUUUAAAAAAGUAAAAAAGGCGUAGAUAUUUCAUUAAGGGAAUACUUUUGAAGGUGGUGUGUAUCGAUUUCCAACAUACAAUAUUAAAUGUUAACAUUUAAAAAGUGCAAGGGACCGAAUGAACCACGCAGCACCUGUUGUGUAAGGAUGCCGAGUGCCGAGUAAAGCUAGAGUUUACAUAAUAGAUCUAUACCGAAUAUAGGCCUGUCGAAGAACACGGGACUCACACUUAGUUUCCAGAAAUUUGAAAAGAAAUUACCAUGUCAAAAAAUGCUAGAUCUACAUUGGUAAAUGUCUGCUCGGCAUGUUAAAAUAUACAAAGUUACUGUAGCCCUGGUAAAGCAUAAAUUAAACACAUGCCUGGCUGACUUCGAUGUAGUUGUCUUGUAUCUCCAAAUUUACAGCACUUGUUGUAUUUUAUGCAAGAAUAGCGCAUGUUUUAUUUAUUAAACAACAUCUGCAGAAUCCCUCGGGCCUACAGCUUGGCUUGUGCCAUCAUACAGAUUUUUUCGACUGCAAGGCAGACCGAUUUCACAGACCGACAUUUACCGUAUAUCUUUAUAUUUUUUAUGUACAUUAUCAUAUAGUUUAUUGGCGUUAUCAGCAUGUAAAUGUAAUCAAACCUGUUAUGAAACUUGAAAUAAUGAUACAUGAGAUUGUCAAAAAUUUCACACCCUCCUUAUUUGUGACAAUAAUUUUCCGCCCAAAUUUUUUCAGAUCUCUCCUGGCAGCAAAACUGAAAAAAAAAGCCAAUAAACAAAUUCCGCGAAGAGGUAUGAUGACGUCAUAAACUGCCUCACAAUCUAUUUUACUACAUAUGACAAAAUAUGCAAAUACGAAGGAGGACUUGAGAGUUGUUGAUAUAUGAAGGGGGUCGACAUUAGAUGCAGUUGCUCUAUAACAUAACUGAAAUACUGUUGAAAAAUGGCAUGGAAUCCUGCCCAUUAUCAGAUAUUUGAAAUGUUAUUGGCUGUAUUAUUAAGGUUAGAAGUGUAUACAACCCAGUGAGUGCACUUAAAUACACAUGCACACAUACACAUAUAUAUGUGUUAAACUGUAGUAGUUUAUCUUUCACAUGUUAGUACAACAGUUAACAUUUUCACUUGCAGCCGCUCCUGUAAGUAUUGAAUUUUGUGUUCACUAGGGGAAAGAUAUAUCAGUAUUGCACUGAAUAUCCUCUACUUAUUUGAGAUUUGUAAUUUUCACUGUUUUAUUUCUGCUUUAAUGGAAGAAUUCCAACUCUGUAAAAAUAGUAAUUUCCAAUGAAUAUGUAUAUUUCAUGUAUCCACCAUUGGGUGAAUAUUGAGUACAGGAUUUGAUGUUUAUUUUCGUGAAAUUGUAAGUUUUUCCUUUGCUUGUGCAUAUUCUCUGUAAUAAUAUAGACAUUAAGGUUGGUACAGACACUAAGGUCGGUGUUGGUACAGACAGGGUUGGUAGAAACUUUAGGGUCGGUACAGACUUUAAGGUUGGUGCAGACUUUAGGGUCGGUAUAGACUUUAGGGUACUUUAGUGUACUGACAUUAGGGUCGAUACAGACUUGAGGGUUGGUACAGACUGUAAGGUACAGACAUAAGGGUUGGUACAAACUUAAGGGUUGGUACAGACAUUAGGGUCAAUACACACUGUUCCUGUAGUAAUAUCCUGUAUGAUAACUUGUUUUUUGUACAGAGUUUCAAAGUUUUGCCUGAUAUGUUAUUUUUUACGUUAAAAUGUUCUAUUUUGUAUAUUGUUAUAUUGUGUAAUGUUUUGCCUUAAAGAACGUAGUUUGAUAAUGUACAGAAUAAUUUACCAACGUCUUUCAUUUGUAAGGAUAAAUGAUAGUCUUAGUUGUAAAUGUUUCACUGUGAAUGUGGACGAGUAAUUGGUCAAUACAGCAGUAACUUGUCACACUGUGACAAUAAACAGGAAUUAGUAUGAGUUAAUGGAAAUCAUUGAAAGGAAUUUUUAAAAUGAUGUGGGAUAGAAGCUUUUGUUUUCAUUGAAAUUUAUCCAUUGUUGUUCUUGGUUAGUAUUCAUCAGUAUUUCAAGUCUGACAAUUACAGUAAGGCAAAAGAAAUGGCAUAUAUUCAGUUUAAUGUUACUGAUGAAAUUUUGCUGAAAUGUCUAUAGGUACAGCAUGAACAUUAAAAUUUCAUCACAAUCUUUGGUGAUAUAACAGUGACAUAGCAAUAAGAAAAUUUAUAAUUUUAACCUUUAGCCUCUGGAGUCAAGUGAUUCUGCCUUUGCAACUAAUUCAGACCAAGAUGAACCUGCACAUCCAUGUGGUCUGAUCAUGGUCUGCACUGUUUGCUGUUCAGUCAGUAAAUUUUCAGUGAACAUCCCUUUGAAUAAUAAAUGGUACUGUCCAAAGUGAAUGAUAAGCCAGUCCAUUUUAGAAAUUUAGCAAGGUUAAAGUCAUAGUCUAAAUUAUAGACUUGUAACUUUGAUGAAUACAGACUCAGAUUGACUAUUUUUGACUGUGUACGAACUUGGUUACUAAAAUUCAAUUUUCAGAGAUAUUGUUUUGUUAGCAGAGAUUUACUUACCUGCAUUAUGUAGAAAUAAAGUCAAGACAGUAGAGGUGUAUACAGUUGUAUUUAAGCAGCAUUUAAGUUACCACUUAGCUUUGACAAACUUACAUGACUGAAUGGUCAGUGAAUUGCUUUUAUAAUAAUCCAGAUUGCACAUGUAUAUAUUAUAAACUCUGCUGUAAAGUAUAUUGAGCUUUCUGGUAUCUGUUUGGUGUUUUAAAAUAAGAAAACAAACGUGUAGCAGAGAAUAUCAAAGAAGACUGGAAAACAUGCUUUUGACUUGAGUGCUUGUGAAGCAACACUGUGUGUAAAAAAUCUUCUCUGUAAUUUAUAAUUUUGAUUGUUGAUGUUACAAAUGUUGUGCUUGUAAAUACAAAUGCAUGAACUGUUUUUGAAAUAUUAAUACGAAAUGCAUUUUUUAUUUGCAAGAAGUAAACCCAAGGCUACAUUCUUUUUUGUUGGACUUUAAAGUUUGAUAGGUUCCACUUCUAUUAGAAAACCAGUCUUUUUUCAAAAUCUGUCCUUAACCAGAUAUUAUUCAUUAUCUUGAGUGUCUAGCUUACAGGAGCAUUUCAUUGUUAGUAUUUCAAAAACAACACCUUGUACUUCCAGUAUUAAUGUUUUGUUGAUUAAGAUACUGUUUCAAUAUAUAUGCCACAUCCCUUCUUCCUGUGACAAGGAGAGGGGGUAUAUUGCUUUGCUUGUGUCGGUCAAUCUGUUAGUUGGUAGACUAUUAGAACACAUUGUCCUACAGUUGGUUUUGCUGUAACUCUGUGAUUCCAGCAGGUAUGCAAAUUUUGAUUCCAUACCUCAUGUUUUUAUUUCAAUGUAAAUGAGAUAUGAAACCAAAAUUUGUAGUCCUGUUUGGCACCAUAUAACCUAUACUUUGUUGGUGCGCCGUAAAACCCAAAUAAAUAAAUACAGUUGUCACAACGUCAUUGGAUGAUUGCCUGUUGUCAGUGGAUGUUCUAUAUUUUUGAGAGGUCAGUAUGUCACAAUGUAAAGGUCACAGUGCUCAACAGGGAGAGCGCAGAUCUACAGAUCGCGGGGUUGUGAGUUUGAACCCAGGCUGGGGCGCAUGUUCUCAAUGAUGAUUUAAUAAAAGACAUUGUGCCUGAUAUCAUUCGUCCUCCACCUUUGGUUCAGGAAGGAAGUUGGCAGUUACUUACGGAGAACAUGUUUGUACUGGUACAAAAUCCAGGAACACUGGUUAGGUAAACUGUCAAAGCAUAAUACCAUAUUAUCUCUGACAGGCCAUCAUGGGAGGCAUAAUGCAUUUUAGAAACAGUUUGUUUUUCUUAACAUUUUAUAGAGUGCUUUGUUAUCUAGUCACUGAUUGUGAACCAGUCGAUAUUUUACUUCAGUUUGUAAGUUUAGAACUAGUUUGUUGAAAUUACAACAUCUGAAGUGUAAAUACAUUUAUAUUCCAGUAACCAGUCCCUUAUUGUUGUGUUACUUUAAGAACCAAAUGCUUAGGUUUGUGUUAUCCUUAAAAGUAAAGGCUGAAUUCAAUAUUUCUACUUAAGGAUUUAUAGGUAAAACCUCUUUCUGGAGUGUUUUUGUUUUUAGCUUGACUAUAUGAAGAUUAGGUAGAGCUGUUGUACUCGCGUGUUUGUCAGCGUCCCAAUUCGGUAAAGAUUUUGUGUUAAAACUUGUAUCUUAUUAACCACCUGUAUAAAUGGAUUAAAACUUACAGGACUUGCACUAUACAGGUUAAGUAACUCUGUUUUGCAUUUUGACAAAGUUAUGCCCCUUUUUCAACUUUGCAAUUUCUGUUUAAGUUUUUGUAUGUUAAGAGCCCCUAGAGCAAAAAUAGGAAUACUUCAAACAACUGAUCGUCAUUAAACUUGGGGGCCUUAAUGGCCAACUGGUUAAGAACACUGACUUCAAAUCACUUGCCCCUCAUCAAUGUUGGUUAGAAACCUCACUUUCAUUGUAGAACGUGGAAGCUAUCCAGCUGGCUUGCAGAAGGUCUUUGGUUCUACCCAGGUGCCCACCCAAGCCUGAAACAAUGCUGGGGGGGCACUGUCUUCCUCCACCAUCAAAAACUUGAAAGUCACCAUAUGACCUAAAUUGUGCUUGUGUGCGUAUAAACCCAACAGUUUGAUAUUUUUUUUCAAUCUCCUAACUUGGUCUGUAGCAUCUCGAUAUGGUCCUCUCUUUAUUCUGUUCAAUUUGAUGAGCGCAGAUGGCGGGGUCGUGAGUUAGAACCCCUGUGGGGUGUAUCUUCUUGCAGAGAACAGGUUUGUAGUGGUACAGAAUCCAGGAAUACUGGUUUGGUUAACUGCCCACUGUUUCAUAACUGAAGUACUGUUGAAAAAUGGCAUUAAACCCAACAGAUAAAUCAAAUUGGGCACUUGGCCUCUUUUUGGAGUCACUAGAGAAAAAUCUUGAUAAACAACUUGGUGGAUCUUCAUCUAACUUUUUAGGCAGCAUUCUCAUAAAGUCCUCCAAUGAGGAAAUUUUUGGCCCUUUAACAGGGCACUAGAGUUAAAUAUAGAAAUAUCUUUAAAUGACUUUCCCAUUGAACCCCAUUGUGAAUCUUUUCAAAUGCUCUUGUAUGUAAGCUGUAUCUCAAUAACCACCAUUUUAGAUAACUUGAAACCUCAACCUCAUGCAAUGUACAGGUUUCAUAACUCUGUUUUCUAUAUAUACAAAGUUACACCCAUUUUUUAACUUUAAAAUUUUUAGUUAAAUACUUGUAUGUAAGAUCUUUUUUCAGUAACAGCUGGUUGGAAAGUUCUGAAACUUUACAUACUUGUUUACCGUGAUGAUCAGAUAUGCAGUGCACAGAUUCUAUCACUGCUUUUAUACAGAGUUAUGUGCCUUUUUGGACAUUUGGUGUUGUUUUAAAUAAAUUAAUUUAAAGACAAUGCUAUUGAAAAGUCGAGCAUUGCUAUCCUUUGACAGCUUUUGUUAUCAUUGGCUUUGGUUUUUGUUAUGGUUUUGUACAGUUUUCUAUUUUAAUGUUGUAUAAACUUUUUAUUCAUUUUGUAAUUUAUUGUUUAUUAUUUUCAUGUUGUUACAAACUUAAUGCAUACUUUUUUCAUACACCAAUUUAUUGAGAGAGAAAACAUGACAAAUAUGUAGAAUUUGCUCACAAUAUGCCAAGGAAAAAUGGCAGUACCUUCUAUAAUCUAAAUAGAAUUAAUUUUAACUUGACAGAUUUGAAAAAAUGGGUACUGACUAUAUUAAAUUCUGGAGGCAGAGUUGAAUUUCAACAGAGGCUGUACUUCACCAUAUAGGUCACACAUUUAUGUAAUUUUUCUGCUACAGCUUUUUUGUAUACCAUUACUGUUUUCCCCGGAGAGGAUGUGUUUUCCCAUGAGAGGGUGUGUUUUUCCACAAGAGGGUGUGUUUUGUUGUGUUUAUCAUUACCUUGUGAUAAUUUUAUUUAUUGUAUGAGUCAUGUUACAAGUCUUGAUACAUACUGGGAACAGAUGCAAAAUGAUAUGAAAUAAAAAUGACAAACUUCA